AUGGAUCUGGAGAAUUAUAGGAAAGUACAUCUUAUUGAGAGGAAUAAAUGGGUGUUAAGUCGGCAGCUUGAUGCUGAUGCUGGGGGCUUGGUGGUUGAGCAGGUGAGAGGUCUUGGUUUGGAUGUUAUGUUAUCUAAACGAGUUGGGAAGAUUGAAGUGACGGAUGAGAAUGAGGUGAAAGGUGUGGUGUUUGAAGAUGGGGAAGAGUUGGAAUGUUCGACUAUUUGUUUUGCGAUUGGUAUCAAGGCUCGAGAUGAACUUGCUCGUCAGGCAGGUAUCAAAUGUGCUGAUCGUGGUGGAGGAAUUGUUGUUGGGGAUGAUUUAAGUACAAGUGUCAAAGACAUCUAUGCGAUUGGCGAAUGUGCUAGCUGGGAAAAUCAAACAUUUGGUUUGAUUGCUCCUGGAAUCGAGAUGGCAGAUGUAUUGUCUUUCAACUUGACACAGGCGAAGAUACAUGCAUAUCGAAAGUUUAAGCGACCUGAUCUCAGUACUAAGUUGAAGUUAUUGGGAGUAGAAGUUGCUAGUUUUGGGGAUUUCUUCGCGGAUAGAGAUGGGCCUAAAAAUUUGCCUGUCAGGGCAGCGAGGAAGGAUAAAGAUUCAUCUGAUGCUUCGAGAGAGUUGACGAAUGGAUCUAGGUCAUCGCAAGUCAAGGCACUCACUUAUAAGGAUCCUUUCCAAGCCAUCUACAAGAAGUAUUUGUUCACCAUGGAUGGAAAGUACUUAUUAGGUGGUAUGAUGAUUGGCGAUACGAAAGACUAUAUCAAGUUGGUACCUAUGGUGAAGAAUCAAAAAAUGCUAGAUGUACCACCUAGCCAAUUUAUUCUUGGAGCCAGUAAGGAAGGUGAUGAUGGUGGAGAUGAUUUGGACGACGACACGCAAAUAUGUUCGUGUCAUAACGUCUCCAAGGGUGAUGUCGUCCAUGCGGUAAAGGAAGGAAAAUGCAAAAGUAUCGGAGACGUCAAAUCCUGCACGAAAGCUGGAACCGGAUGUGGAGGUUGCAUGCCUUUGGUUACGAGCAUCUUCAACAACACUAUGAAAUCCAUGGGACAGGAAGUCAAAAAUCAUAUUUGUCCUCAUUUCAACUAUUCACGAGCCGAUCUCUACAAUAUCAUUUCCGUAAAGGGCUUGAAAACUCUUGCGGAAGUCAUGAAGGAAGCUGGAAAUGAUCCAGAUAGUCAAGGAUGCGAGGCUUGUAAACCUUCUAUCGGAUCGAUUUUCAGCUCUUUAUACAACAAACAUAUAAUUUCGCGUCCUUUGCAUGGUCUUCAAGAAACCAAUGAUCGAUUUUUGGCGAAUAUUCAACGAAAUGGUACUUUUUCUGUGGUGCCGAGAGUUUCUGCUGGAGAAAUCACUCCGGAGAAAUUAAUACUUAUAGGUAAUGUUGCGAAGAAAUAUAAUCUUUACACGAAAAUUACUGGUGGUCAGAGAAUCGAUAUGUUCGGAGCUAAGAAACAAGAUCUCUUGGCUAUCUGGAAGGAGCUUGUUGAAGGAGGUAUGGAAUCUGGUCAUGCGUAUGCGAAGAGUUUGCGGACAGUUAAAAGUUGUGUGGGAACUACUUGGUGUCGGUAUGGGAUUGGGGAUUCGGUGGGUAUGGCUGUGAGAUUGGAGGAGCGCUAUAAGAGUAUUAGGAGUCCGCAUAAAAUUAAGGGUGGUGUGAGUGGUUGUGUGAGGGAAUGUGCGGAAGCGCAGAAUAAAGAUUUCGGUCUCAUCGCCACAGAAAAAGGGUUUAAUAUCUUCGUUGGCGGCAACGGCGGCGCCACCCCUCGUCACAGCGAACUCCUAGCUAAAGAUGUUCCUCCCGACAACGUAAUCCCUAUCCUAGAUCGCUACCUCAUAUUCUACAUCCGCACGGCCGAUAAACUGCAACGAACCGCUCGAUGGCUCGAGGCUCUCCCCGGCGGCAUCAAGUAUCUCCGCGAAGUAAUACUCGAAGAUAAAUUAGGAAUCUGCGCAAGUCUCGAAGCACAAAUGGAAGAAUUAGUCGGAUCAUUCUUCGAUGAAUGGGCGGCUGCUAUUCAUGACCCGGAAAUCGCGAGGAAGUUUAAACAGUUUGAUAAUUGUGAUGAGGAGGUAGAGAAUAUGGAGAUGGAGGUUGAUAGGGGACAGAUGAGACCGGUUUAUUGGGCUAAGGAGAGCGCGAAGACGGAUUUUAAAAAUGUUAAGUGGACGUCUUUGAGUUGGGAGAGGGUGGUUAAGAAGGAUCAUUUUGCGGGUGCGGAUGAUCUUCCUAGUGGGAUUUCGGCGAGUGUGAAGAGGGGCGAUACGCAGUUGGCUGUUUGGAGAGUGAGGGGUAGGUGGUUGGCUAGUCAGCAGAUGUGUCCUCAUAAGAGAGCGUUUGUUUUGAGUGAUGGGUUGAUUGGUGAUUCUAGCUCUACUUCUUCAUCCUCUUCUUCAACAUCCGAAGAAGCAAAAAAAGAAGAAUCCCUCUGGAUCUCCUGUCCAAACCACAAGAGAAACUUCAACUUAAAUGGAAAGGAUAAGGGGAGAUGUAGAAAUGAUGAGGAGGUUAGUAUAGCUAUUUUUGAAGCAGAGGAAAGAGAUGAUGGGUGGGUUUAUUUGAAGUUACCGCCGGUGUUUGAGUUAGAUGGGGUAUUGGGGAUGCAGAGGUGGAGGGUUAGGGCCGGGGGAGAGUGGGGAGAGUCCGUUUAA